AUGACGACUUCGGUGGUAGAGAAUCGCACCGCAAUUGCCGAGCGUUUUGACAAAGUUAAGGGCAUAAGUUACAGACUUAAACAUUACCGGACUAAAAUCGCAUUCGAAAUCGCCGAACGCCUCAACCAUCGACAGUCCGACUCCCAGACGAAGGGCAAACUAACUCUUUUGGCCAAGUCUAAGGCAAUGAAGGAAUCGGAACUGGAACCAGCGGAAUCUGGCAUGUCAUUUAGUGGACGAAGAGCACUGUCCGCAGCAAUUUAUAAAUCCAUAAGGAAACAGAGGAGUACGCCGAGCGAAUAUGCGGUGACCGAUGCUGCCAAUUCUCUAGUUCAUACUGGAGAUGAUGUGAAGGAGAAAAUUUUUACCAAGUGCAGUCGGUCGCCACCCUAUGGCACUUAUGUCUCAUUCAUUUUGUGCGUGGAUAGUCCGGGUCGUCAAUCUCUUGCUGUGUAA